ACCUUGUAAGUAGAGCCUAUAAAAGGUGUUCGCAUUUCGUUUUCAAUUUAGUCCGAUUUUAAAAUUUCUUCUGUCAAUAAUUGCUUGUGAAUUUCCAAUAUUCAAUCAGGGAAGAUGAAGUAUUCAGUAGUACUCGUCGCUAGCGCUUUGUUGUUGGUGCAGCUCGCUGGUGCCUUGCCGCAUGUGAAACGUGAGUCCGAAGACUCCUCAUCUGAACUACGCAGCGCACAGGAGCGACUGAUGAUUUAUACCUUUACCGAAAUAGCUAAACUCUACAAAUGGGUGCUCGAGAAUGGCAGUGUAGUGAUUAAUAAUGCUGUUAAGGAACUCGAUGAAAUCCCAGACAAAGAUGAUCUAUUGCAAGCGAAUAUCACACGCUUGUCAAAAAUCGGUUCCGAGGUUUCUCAAUUCAAGCUGGAAAAAGAUGAGAGGAGCAUUACAAAACUUUUGGAAUAUAUGGUUAGUUUUGAUGCAUUGAUGGACGAUUAUGAGAAUAUGCCAAGCGAUUCGAAGUUGAAACUCACUCUGAAGACAGCUUUCGAUAAUAACGGUUACAAAAAAUUCGAAGACGAAUUCUUAUUGAAAGUCGAUGAGUUUUUUAAGAAUUUCGAUCAUGCAUUUGUGGAGUAUGUGAAGACUUUGACUGCAGAAGAAAAGGUAAAGCAAAGCAGAUUCUUUCAAUGGCACGAAGACUUCACAGCUGAAACCAAUGUGGCCACGAAACUUGAGAAGUUUGACGAAUUGUUUGUUUAAAUUUGUAAAAUUUCCAUGAUUACGAAAAUAAAAUUGGAUUUUAACUAUAAUUACACUCAAAGAUGAGAAAUUAUAA